AUGGCGGAUGAACUUCCGCUCUCUCACGCCACCCAACCAUUGAAGCAAAUCGCCGUCGACUACACUCCCGAGGCCUGUUCUCACUGUUCCAUCUCCGACACCAUCACCCUCACCUACGACAUCCGCGGCGGCGCGCGGUGGCGCACGCUCACGCGCUUCCACUCGGGCACCUUCUCUGCUCUCAUCCAGUGCCCCGGUGGCGACACCAACGGUCUCAACUUCAACCUCUACCUCUCCUCCCAGGAGGGCGACAAGUCCCAGGACGAGAUCGACUUCGAGUUUCUGGGCCGCGACAGGACCCUCGUACAAACAAACUUCUUCUGUGGGGGCGCGGGGAACAACGAAAGGAUCCACCAUCUUGGGUUCGACGCCUCCGAGGGGUUCCACGAGUACGCCAUUGCGUGGGGGAGCGAUGCGAUCGAGUGGCGCGUGGAUGGAAGGGUGGUUAGGAGGGAUGAGAGGAAGGAGGGAAAAACUUUCCCUGAGAAAGCUAUGUUUUUGUACGCUUCGAUUUGGGACGCUAGUGGGAUCGCCGGAGGGAAGUGGUGUGGGAAGUACUCUGGAGCUGACGAGCCUUAUGUUUGUGUUUAUAAGAACAUUCAUGUUCCUGUUGGCACUGCUGUUGAUGAUUAG